GGGCGGGCGGGCAGGCGGUGGAGGCCUCCAGGGUGCGCGGGGCCGGGCCUGGCCUGGCUUGGCAGAGCAGCGGGCCGGGCUGGGGUGGGGGACCAUGGAACUAUGGCGUCAGUGUACCCACUGGCUGAUCCAGUGCCGGGUGCUGCCACCCAACCACCGUGUGACCUGGGAGGGGGCUCAGGUGUGUGAGCUGGCCCAGGCCCUGCGCGAUGGCGUCUUGCUCUGCCAGUUGCUCAACAACCUGCUGCCUCAUGCCAUCAACCUCCGGGAUGUCAACCUGCGGCCCCAGAUGUCCCAGUUCCUGUGUCUUAAGAAUAUCCGCACCUUCCUCUCCACCUGCUGCGACAAGUUCGGCCUCAAGCGGAGCGACCUCUUUGAGGCCUUCGACCUGUUCGACGUGCAGGAUUUCGGAAAGGUCAUCUACACUCUAUCUGCUUUGUCCUGGACCGAAAUCGCCCAGAACAAGGGGAUCAUGCCCUUCCCCAUCGAUGAGGACAGUGUGGGUGACGAGGACAUUUACAGCGGCCUGUCGGACCAGAUCGACGACACGGUGGAGGAGGACGAGGACCUGUACGACUGUGUGGAGAAUGAGGAGGCCGAAGGAGAUGAAAUCUACGAGGACCUCAUGCGAACCGAUCCGCUGCCCACGCCGCCCAAGAUGACGGAAUAUGACAAGCGCUGCUGCUGCCUGCGGGAGAUCCAGCAGACGGAGGAGAAGUACACCGACACGCUGGCCUCCAUCCAGCAGCACUUCCUGAAGCCCCUGCAGAGGUUCCUCAAACCACAGGACAUCGAGAUCAUCUUCAUUAACAUUGAGGACCUGCUCCGUGUGCACACCCACUUCCUAAAAGAAAUGAAAGAUGCGCUGGCUUCUCCGGCAGCUUCUAGCUUGUACCAGGUCUUCAUUAAAUACAAGGAGAGGUUCCUGGUCUAUGGCCGUUACUGCAGUCAGGUUGAGUCGGCAAGCAAACACCUGGAGCAGGUGGCCGCGGCCCGGGAGGACGUGCAGAUGAAGCUGGAGGAAUGCUCUCAGCGAGCCAACAACGGGAGAUUUACUCUGCGGGAUCUGCUCAUGGUACCCAUGCAGCGAGUGCUGAAAUAUCACCUGCUGCUCCAGGAGUUGGUCAAGCACACGCAGGACGCCAUGGAGAAGGAGAACCUGCGGCUGGCUCUGGAUGCUAUGAGGGACCUGGCGCAGUGCGUGAACGAAGUCAAGCGCGACAACGAGACGCUGCGGCAGAUCACCAACUUCCAGCUCUCCAUCGAGAACCUGGACCAGUCCCUGGCACACUACGGCCGGCCCAAGAUGGACGGUGAGCUCAAGAUCACCUCGGUGGAGAGGCGCUCCAAGAUGGACAGGUACGCCUUCCUGCUAGACAAGGCCCUGCUCAUCUGCAAGCGGCGCGGCGACUCCUACGACCUCAAGGACUUCGUGAACCUGCACAGCUUCCAGGUCCGCGACGACUCCUCCGGGGAGAGAGAGAACAAGAAGUGGAGUCAUAUGUUCCUACUGAUUGAGGACCAAGGGGCCCAGGGUUACGAGCUGUUCUUCAAGACCCGGGAGAUGAAGAAGAAGUGGAUGGAGCAGUUUGAGAUGGCCAUUUCCAACAUCUACCCCGAGAACGCCACAGCCAAUGGGCAUGACUUCCAGAUGUUCUCCUUUGAGGAGACCACUUCCUGCAAGGCUUGCCAGAUGCUCCUGAGGGGCACCUUCUAUCAGGGCUACCGCUGCCAUCGAUGCCGGGCCCCUGCACACAAGGAGUGCCUGGGAAGAGUACCUCCCUGUGGCCGCCACGGACAAGAUUUUACUGGAACCCUGAAGAAGGACAAGCUACACCGCAGGGCACAGGAGAAGAAAAGGAGCGAGCUGGGCCUACCCAAGAUGGAAGUCUUCCAGGAGUACUUUGGGCUGCCCCCGCCCCCUGGAGCCUUCGGCCCCUUCCUGCAGCUCAGCUUGGGGGACAUCGUGGAACUCACCAAGGCCGAGGCAGAGCAGAGCUGGUGGGAGGGCAGGAACACGGCGACCAACGAGGUUGGCUGGUUUCCCUGUAACAGGGUGAAGCCCUACGUGCACGGCCCCCCUCAGGACCUGUCUGUCCAUCUCUGGUACGCCGGCCCCAUGGAGCGUGCGGGAGCCGAGAGCAUCCUCACCAACCGCUCGGAUGGGACCUUCCUGGUGCGACAGAGGGUGAAGGACGCAGCCGAGUUCGCCAUCAGCAUCAAGUGUAACGUCGAGGUGAAGCACAUCAAGAUUAUGACUGCGGAGGGCCUGUACCGCAUCACGGAGAAGAAGGCUUUCCGGGGGCUGACGGAGCUGGUGGAGUUUUACCAGAAGAACUCUCUGAAGGAUUGCUUCAAGUCCCUCGACACCACCCUGCAAUUCCCCUUCAAGGAGCCCGAGAGGAGAGCCAUCAGCAGGCCUCCAGCGCCCAACACCAAGUACUUCGGCACAGCCAAAGCCCGCUACGACUUCUGUGCCCGGGACCGGUCGGAGCUGUCCCUCAAGGAGGGUGACAUCAUUAAAAUCCUCAACAAGAAGGGUCAACAGGGCUGGUGGCGUGGCGAGAUCUACGGACGGAUUGGCUGGUUCCCUUCCAACUACGUGGAGGAAGACUACUCAGAGUACUGCUGAGCCCUGGGGUCCUGGCCGGGGGGCGGGGAACUUAAGGCUUCGAAGCCGGAAGGAGCCUGCAGCGGGGCCGGUCCCUGCGGGCAAAGAGACUGAGGUUACAGUGGAGGGCCAGUGUCCAGCUGGCUGGGGUCUUAGCAUGAUGCCCUGCUGUGGGUAAUUUAUAUCGCAUGGAUGGCCCCUGGGGUCCCCUCAGGAAGGUGGGGCUCAGGGCUACUGCUUGUAAUAAAAUGACAGACCCAA